AUGAGCAAAAUCGGCUACUUAAACGGCUUCGUAAACGCAAACCGUCCACCUCUUUUGACUUUUACUCGUCAAGAACUCAAGGAUUUCAUGCAAGACGAUGAAGGACGUAAUGGAAAAGUGUGGCGUGAACCAGAUGAAGAACUUCAUCCAUUCUGUAUUGCUGUUACUGUGAACACAGUCCA